AUGCCAGGCCCCAAUUCGUCCUCCGUGGGGAAUCCACAUGAUGUGCUAGAUCUUCAAAGGCACGAGGAAACAACAAAUCUCCCAUCUUUCUAUUCCCCGCGGUCGCGGCCGCUUCGGGAAGACGAAGGCAAUGUCGUCGCACCUAGGUUAGACCGGGAUGAGAUAUCCCUCUCCUCUCUAGUUCCUCCAUCUACCUCAAAUCCAGCUUCGACGCCGACCGACGAUGCAAGCCGACCGCCGCCACCCUCACUUCUCUCACCCGCCUUUACACCCCCUGCUACCCCAGGUAAUGCGACGCCUACGCCUUUAGCCGAACGACAGCCCCCUGGUGUUCCCGUUGACUCUUCUAUCCCAUCUGGUGGUUGCGGUACUAAGCGACCAAGGCUUCUCGAGACCCUACCUGAGGUUCAAUGCAUCGUGCGCGCUCGUAUCCCGACAGUAUCUGGAACCGAAAUGUUCUUACAUCUAUACACUAAUAAUGUCGACAACAAGGAACAUCUCGCGAUAGUGUUUGGUCCACACAUCCGAAGCAGGUCUUUGGAUGCGCCGAGGGAUGGAGAGACGGAGAUGGACCGUAUGGUGAGGGGUGCAUACACCGGUCGCCUUUACCCAGGAAGGACGAAAAGUGGCAUGGCGGGCGGCUCGUCUUCUACUGAAGAUGACCUAGUAGAGGAAGUUCCGCAUCCUAGUGGACCUCCUCUUGUUCGGAUACAUUCAGAAUGCUAUACUGGCGAGACGGCGUGGUCUGCGCGUUGCGACUGCGGCGAACAACUAGACGAGGCGGCGAGACUGAUGUCGCUACCUACCGCUGUCAACGGGGGUAUCGUCAUCUAUCUACGGCAAGAAGGGCGCGGUAUUGGCCUUGGCGAGAAGUUAAAGGCGUAUAACUUACAAGACUUAGGGUCCGAUACGGUGGAGGCAAAUCUGCUAUUACGACAUCCAGCAGAUGCGCGGAGCUACGGGUUGGCAACGGCCAUGCUCCUUGAUCUGGGGCAGGAGGAGAUUCGGUUGCUAACUAACAACCCGGACAAGAUUAGAGCCGUUGAAGGACCGAAUAGGGAAGUCAGAGUAACGGAGCGCGUCGCAAUGGUGCCGCUAAGCUGGAAGGGUAAAGGUGGAUUUAGGAGUCGAGAAGUAGAGGGCUAUCUAAAAACAAAGAUUGAGAAGAUGGGGCAUAUGCUGGAUAUGGGUACCCUACCACCUUGA